AGACUGGCAUAUGAUGGGAGGCAGCCAAUGACUCCGCGGCGCUCCUCCGGGGGCCCUCAGUGUGCGUUUGAGGAGAACAAAAAAGAGAGAGAGAGCCGAGCGGGGGAGCGAGCGAGGGAGCCGAGCCGAGAGAAAGAGCUGCCGGGCGCUGCCUCGCCAAACCUCGCAGGGACCGCGGGGCCACCGGGAGGCACUUUUGUGGAGGGGGGAGGGGGGGCGACCUCGGCAGCCGCGGCGCCCCAGCGUCCGAGCGCAGCGUGGGGCGGGCUGCGACCUCUGCCUCGGUGGAUUGCGUUUUUAAUUAAGGAUUCCCAGCAGCUCUUUGGGAUUUUUACAGCUUCCACUCAUGUGUUGACACCCGCGUUCAGGAGAAACUCGCUCCAAGUGCAUCUAGCUCCUGGGACCUGAGACGGAGUUGGCCUUUCAUGCAUGCAAAUCCAGGGAUUUGGAUUUUGUUUGGGAUUUUUCUUUCUUUCCUUCCCCCCACCCCUUCUUUCUUUUUUGCAGGGAGUUGAGGGUAUCAACAAGCCUACCUUUCGGAUCCUGCAGGAAAAGCCCAUGUAGUUACGCGCUUGGGUUUUAAAGGCAGGGCUUUCCAGACACAUUUGGGGGUUCGACGCGAGCGCUUUGUGCUCAUGGACGAGCCGCGCAACUUUUGAAGGCUCGCCGGCCCAUGCAGGGUCUUUCUAACUGCGCGCUGCCUGCAGCCCCCCUAAAGCGCGGGGGCUGGAGUUAGGCCGGCCGCCGAGAUCCAUGUAGCCGCUGGCCAAGCGCGGACUGUGGCUCGGCGCGCGCUUGUUCCCGGCUGUCCAGCCCGGGCGAGCUCCCUCAUGUUGCAGCCCUGCUGUGCCCCUUCGACGACAGGCUGUGCGCGGUCUGCACGGCGCUCCGCGGCGGAGCUUCAUGUGGGGCUGCGGCCCGCGCAGCCGGCGCCUCGCUGAGGGAACGGACCCCUGGUAACCGGAGACCGCCUCCCUCCCACCCCUGGCGCCAAAGGAUAUCGUAUGUUCAGGUCCAAACGCUCGGGGCUGGUGCGGCGACUUUGGCGAAGUCGUGUGGUCCCCGAUCGGGAGGAAGGCGGCGGCAGCGGCGGCGGCGGUGACGAGGAUGGGAGCUUGGGCAGCCAAGCUGAGCCGGCCCCGCGGGCACGAGAGGGCGGAGGCUGUGGCCGUUCCGAAGUCCGCCCGGUAGUCCCACGGCGGCCCCGGGACGCGGUGGGACAGCGAGGCGCCCAGAGUGCGGGGAGGCGCCGGCGCGCAGGGGGCCCCCCGAGACCCAUGUCGGAGCCGGGGGCCGGCGCCGGGGGCUCCCUGCUGGAUGUGGCGGAACCGGGAGGCCCGGGCUGGCUGCCCGAGAGUGACUGCGAGACAGUGACCUGCUGUCUCUUCUCGGAGCGGGACGCCGCUGGCGCGCCCCGGGACGCUGGCGACCCCCUGGCCGGGGCGGCCCUGGAGCCGGCGGGCGGCGGGAGGAGUCGCGAAGCCCGCUCGCGCCUGCUGCUGCUCGAGCAGGAACUGAAGACAGUCACGUACUCGCUGCUGAAGCGGCUCAAGGAGCGCUCGCUGGACACGCUGCUGGAGGCGGUGGAGUCCCGCGGCGGCGUGCCGGGCGGCUGCGUGCUGGUGCCGCGCGCCGACCUCCGCCUGGGCGGUCAGCCCGCGCCGCCGCAGCUGCUGCUCGGCCGCCUCUUCCGCUGGCCUGACCUGCAGCACGCCGUGGAGCUGAAGCCCCUGUGCGGUUGCCACAGCUUCGCCGCCGCCGCCGACGGCCCCACCGUGUGUUGCAACCCCUACCACUUCAGCCGGCUCUGCGGGCCAGAAUCACCGCCCCCUCCCUACUCUCGGCUGUCUCCUCAAGACGAGUACAAGCCACUGGAUCUGUCCGAUUCCACAUUGUCUUACACUGAAACGGAGGCCACCAACUCCCUCAUCACUGCUCCGGGUGAAUUCUCAGACGCCAGCAUGUCUCCAGACGCCACCAAGCCGAGCCACUGGUGCAGCGUGGCGUACUGGGAGCACCGGACGCGUGUGGGCCGCCUCUACGCGGUGUACGACCAGGCCGUCAGCAUCUUCUACGACCUACCUCAGGGCAGCGGCUUCUGCCUGGGCCAGCUCAACCUGGAGCAGCGCAGCGAGUCGGUGCGGCGCACGCGCAGCAAGAUCGGCUUCGGGAUCCUGCUCAGCAAGGAGCCCGACGGCGUGUGGGCCUACAACCGCGGCGAGCACCCCAUCUUCGUCAACUCCCCGACGCUGGACGCGCCCGGCGCACGCGCCCUGGUGGUGCGCAAGGUGCCGCCCGGCUACUCCAUCAAGGUGUUCGACUUCGAGCGCUCGGGGCUGCUGCAGCACGCGGCCGAGCCCGACGCCGCCGACGGCCCCUACGACCCCAACAGCGUGCGCAUCAGCUUCGCCAAGGGCUGGGGGCCCUGCUACUCCCGGCAGUUCAUCACCUCCUGUCCCUGCUGGCUGGAGAUCCUGCUCAACAACCACAGAUAGCAGCGGCCCCGCCAGGGGCGCGCAGGAGGCCGGGCGCCACCAUCACUCACCUCGGGAGGGGCCGGCGCCCAGAGACGCGGCCCCACGGACGAACCCCCCCAAAUAUCAUCUACCUAGAUUUAAUAUAAAGUUUUAUAUAUUAUAUGGAAAUAUAUAUUAUACUUGUAAUUAUGGAGUCAUUUUUACAAUGUAAUUAUUUAUGUAUGGUGCAAUGUGUGUAUAUGGACAAAACAAGAAAGACGCACUUUGGCUUAUAAUUCUUUCAAUACAGAUAUAUUUUCUUUCUUUUCCUCCUUCCUCUUCUUUAUUUUGUUUUUGUGUUGUUUAAGAAAAAUGAUACAGCAGAACUAGGUGGAAAAGCCUGGGUUUGGUGUAUGGCUUUUGAAAUAUUAAUGCCCAGACAAAAAGCUCAUAGCAGUCACUCGAUAAUAAAGUAUUCACGUU